AUGCCUCCACGAAGAGCAACACAAGGUUGUCCAGCUAGGAUAAAUGUUGAACCACAAGAGCAAGGGGUACCUAAUGCAACCAACGUGCAACCUCAAGGAGAGGUCACUAAUGUCGAAUUCUGUGAGGCUAUCGAGAUGCUAAGCCUAGCUGGGACUAACCAGGAUUCCUUGAGUGUGCAUGAGUAUGGGUUGAAGUUCACCCAACUGUCCCGCUAUGCUCCUGAAAUGGUUAAGGACAUGAGGAGCAGAAUGAACUUUUUUGUUGCUGGUUUGGGUCGUUUAUUGAGCAAAGAUGGUAGGGCUACGAUGCUGAUAGGCGACAUGGACAUCUCAAGGUUGAUGGUUUAUGUGCAGCAGGUUGAAGAGGAGAAGUUAAUGGACAUGGAAGAGUAUAAAACCAAGAAAGUUAAGACUAGGAAUGAGUCUGGGCAGCAGAAGGGCAGUGUGAAUCGUUCUUCCUUUCAGAAGCAAAAGGGGCCAGCACCAUCAUCUGCUAGUGCACCUGCACCCAGAAACAGAGGAGACUAUAAUGGUCAGAAUUCGCAAGACUUCAGGGCUAGACCAGCACAGUCCCAAAGUAGUGUGGUACAAGGAGGUAGUUUAACUCUUGCAUGUGCUAGGUGUGGUAGAACCCACCCAGCCAAGAGGAUUGACAGUGUAGCUUAUAAGUUGGAGCUACCACAGGAAUUAGCAGUGGUUCAUCUGACGCAGGUAACCAGGAUCAACACCCAGUGCGCCGUUGAUCUAGUCGAGCGCUCCAGAGUCAGUGGUGAGCUUCCUUGCAUUUCGGAGGACCCCUUUUAUUCGCUUUCUAGUUUAGUUCAUUAG